AUGCAUCUUGUCCUUCCUUUUCUCCUAGGCCUGGGAUGGCUCACCAAUGCCGCCGUCAUCCCCUCCCUCGGGAGUGACACGACCGAGCUUGAGGCUCGCGCUGCUUCCGGGUACCGCUCUGUGGCGUACUUUGUUAACUGGGCUAUCUAUGGCCGAAACUACCAACCCCAGGAACUCCCCAUUGAAAGGUUGACCCAUGUCCUCUAUGCGUUUGCCAACGUUCACCCGGACACGGGGGAAGUGUACCUGUCGGAUACCUACGCUGAUAUCCAGAAACACUACCCCGGUGACUCCUGGAACGACGUGGGAAACAAUGUGUAUGGCUGCAUCAAGCAACUGUUCUUGCUCAAGCAGAAGAACCGAAACUUGAAAGUUCUCCUCUCUAUCGGAGGCUGGACCUAUUCGGACAACUUUGCGAGUCCCAUGAGUACCGAUACUGGAAGACAGGCGUUUGUCUCUUCCACCGUGAGCAUGGUGCAGAACCUCGGAAUCGAUGGUAUUGACAUUGACUGGGAGUAUCCUGCCGACAGCAGCCAGGCUGCGGACUUCGUUGAUUUACUCAAGUCGCUGCGCUCGGCUCUGGAUACCUACAGUGCAGCCAAUGCCAGUGGUUAUCACUUCCUCAUCACAGUUGCAUCCCCAGCUGGCCCUAGUAACUACCAGAAGCUCGCAAUGGCCCAAAUGGACCCGUAUUUGGACUUUUGGAAUCUGAUGGCCUACGACUACUCCGGAAGCUGGGCCACCAUCGCCGGCGACGACGCCAAUGUCUAUCCAUCUGUCGCGAACCCGCUCAGUACACCAUUCAACACGGACCAAGCCAUCACCUACUACACAUCAAACGGCGUGCCCGCAGACAAGAUUGUCCUUGGAAUGCCGCUCUACGGUCGCUCCUUCAUGAACACUGAUGGGCCAGGCACAAACUACAGUGGUGUUGGCAGCGGCAGCUGGGAGGACGGUGUCUGGGACUACAAGGCGCUACCGCAGGCCGGAGCGACGGUCACCAACCUGGACCAGGAGAUCGCUAGCUACAGCUACGACCCAGUUAAGCGGAUGAUGAUCAGCUACGACACGCCAGAGGUUGCCCAGAUGAAGGCACAGUACAUCCAAUCUAAGGGCCUUGGCGGUGGUAUGUGGUGGGAGAGCAGCAGUGACAAAAACGGCUCCGAGAGCUUGAUCACCACGGUCGUGACUGAAUUCGGAGGUACCGGUGCUUUGCUCCAGGACCAGAAUCAGCUGAGCUACCCUGCGUCUGAGUAUGCUAACCUGAGGGCCGGUUUCCCCUCUAGUUAG